AUGCACGCUAUCCGCGCCACUCAACGUACGAACCGAACGUCCACAUCGUGUGCGACCGCGUCGUGCGCGUCCAAGCGCCACGCGCGCGCCCAGCGCGUCGCGCGCCCGUCCCAACGGCGCGUCACCGUCGCGUUAUCCACUCCCGCGCGCGUGUCGACGCGCUGCGCCGCCGUGGACGUCGCGCAGGUGGCGAUCGCGGGUAUCGACACCUCGGGAUUCGAUCAAAUGUUCAUCAACGGCCUGAAGGUGGGGAUUCCGCUCUACGGCGCCGUGGUGGGGGCGGUGUUCAUCUUCGGGACGAUCGCCAAGGUGGCGUUUCCUGAAAAGUACGACGCGGCGCUGUACGGCGCCGAGGCGAAGAAGGAGGUGGAGAAGAUUGAUUUGGAUAAUUUGAGCGAAGAAGACGCGAAGGCGGUGGCCGAGUUAGAGGCGGAGCUGCGAAAGGAAGGGAAGUUGUGA